AUGAGCGCGAUCGUGGCAGCCGAGGCGGGAGAAGCCCCUCGGAUUUCGCCUUUCACUGAUGGCGAGGCUGCCUCAGAUGACGCCAGUGGCUUUGGCCAUCGACCAGCACCAGUCAUUGGCGUGCUCCUUCAACCUGUUGAUGAAAACUUGCCUCUCGAAGUCGCCGGGGUGUCUCGGGAGAAGCUCGCAGCAGGCAACACCAGCUAUGUCGCUGCCUCUUAUUUCAAAUAUAUUGAAUCCGCCGGUUGCGUAGCUUUGCCCAUUGACUUGGAGUGGAGCGAGCAAGAACAUAGGACCAUAUUCGGGCAGAUAAACGGCCUCCUCCUUCCCGGAGGCUCAGCCGAUAUCAGCCGCUGGGAUGCACCGUACAUCAGAAUUGCAAGACUCUACUAUGACAUGGCCCUCGAGUCGAAUGCGUCCGGGCGGUUCUUUCCGAUAGUUGGCAUAUGCCUAGGCUACGAGGCGCUGGUGGUUGUCGCUAGCGGGAAUGUUGGCUACUUCUCGCAGCAGACGGAAGAUGAUCUGGAUAGAAGAAGAGUUCUUACUUUCACUCCCGAAGCAAGCGCUUCAGUGCUUUUCGGCUCAGGGAGCUUCCCCGCCAGCAAGAACAGUGAACAACAAAACAGCAUUCAACGUAGCGUGGGUGUUUUGAAGUCACCGGAAGACAGGAGGGGACCUUUGAGAAAUCGUGCAAUGGAAGGCUCCAUGGAGGACGAGGGAAAAACUGAUGAGGGAAGCGAUGAACUUCUGGGGCAUAUAGAUCCACAGCAGGAAGAGCACGACCUGGCAGCCUUACGCAGCAGUUUCUCAGUUAAGGCUGUAAGACACCUGUUAGCAUCUCACCCAAUAGCUUACUUUCAUCACUACAGGAAUCUAUCUGUGAAAGAAUUUCGUCAGGACGACAAACUUCAACGUGAAUGGCUUUUAACUGCGACCGCGAAACUCCCCAGGGAGAGCACAGCGGAAAUUGUCGCCGCUAUCGAGCACAAACAGUUUCCAUUCUAUGGCUUCCAGUUUCAUCCGGAAAAAGCUCUCUACGAGCACUGUCCCAAAAGCCGUAUUCCCCAUUUCUUUAGCGCUCUUCUACCCUCGUUGUACAUUUCCGCGUUCUUGGGUUUAAUUGCGCGUCAUUCUCGUAAUGAAUUUAAGGAUCAACGAGAGAGGUUUGACAAGAUAGAAUUUGCAUUCACGCCGACCAGGACAGCGGUGUACGGGCAGAUCUAUUCUUUCGAACAGGCCUAUAUUUUUCCAUCAGGAGUAAAGAAAGACAUUCGUGAACGAUUGCAAACCUUCCUGGAAGCACAGAGCAAACAAAUGGGAGAACUGCAAGGGCACCAACAGAAUACUUCAACUCUGAUGGCGUCGAUUCACGAGGCAUAA